AUGGACGAGUGUGAUUCUAAAAGUGAUCAUGCAAUUACUGUUAUUCAAAAAUCAACAAACGGAGCUUGGAUUCCCGAUGUAGAAGCGUUGAACAAGAUCUUGAAGUCUAAGAAUAUAAUAAACAAGAAGGUAAUGGUAGUGAGUAUUGCUGGUCCUUCACGAUCCGGAAAAAGUUUUUUACUGAAUUUGAUACUCAAAGCAUUUUACGCAGCUGAGCAAGGUCGUUUGGAGCAAGAAGAGUUAACGAUAGCAACCAAUAAUUUUGGAUUUAGGUGUAGAGGAGGGGCAAAGAGGGAGACUUCAGGUAUUGCUUUGUGGUCAAAACCGUUCCUGAUCAGGAACCAAAAAGAUGAAGAAAUAGCUGUUUUAUUGAUGGAUACCGAAGGCUUUUUUGAUGCAGAAUCUACACUAGAAGACUGCGCAAAAAUCUUUAGCUACUCAAGCUUAUUAUCUUCUGUUCAAAUUUAUAAUCUUAAAGAAAAGAUUCAGCUCGACUUCUUAAAGCAUGUUGAGGUGUUUGGCAGAUAUGGAUCCUACGCAACAAAAAAUGGACAAGCAAAACCAUUUCAGAGUCUUUUGUACUUGGUACGGGACUGGUCUUGCGAGGAUGAAUAUAAAUAUGGAUUUGAAGGAGGAGAAGCCUAUUUACGCUUAUUUACCAAUAGUCUAUCAAAGGAGGUUCAAAGAAUCUGCAGAAAAAUAGAGGAGUGCUUCGAGUCUUGCUCCUGCUUUUUAAUGCCACAUCCAGGCUUUUCAGUCGCUAAAGCUGCAACGAUAUCCGACUCUUCAACUAUUGAAGAAGAUUUUUUGCAAAUGACUAGAACACUAGCAAAAGAAUUAUUUUUCGGAAGGUUUCUGGGUGCAAAACAAAUACUCCAUCGUGAGUUAACCUGCAAAGAGUUAUGCCUUUCUUUCAUUUUAUCUGGAGAGGUUAUUUUCGAGAAUGUUUACUCGGAAUGCACGGAAACUUACGAUAAUGAAAUUGACACGUUUGUGAGAAGCCAUAAAGAAGCAUCACCUGGGGCAAACCUAGAUGAAUUGUACGAAUUGCAUACGAAUAUGGCUGAUAACAGCAGUGGUCCUGAAUUACUACUUGAAUUGGAAACAAUUCAUGAUCGUACAAAGUGUAAUGUCCUUAAGAAAUUCGAAAGUUGGUCGGUCGAUCCACAGUGCGACAAUUUUCAGAAAUUUUUUCAGAAACUCGAAGAAUACAUCGAGGAUCUGUCAAAAUGUGGUGCAACAUGCACUGUAGCAAGCUUAGAACAGCUUUUCGAGUUGCGAAGUAAAGGCGGCGUCACCGACGAAGGUUUCAGCCGUAUUCAUGAAAACCAAGAAGCUGCAUCUUUGCGCAUUAUUAAAGAAAAGCUUAAGAUGUUUGCCGAUGAAACACCUAACAGUUGGAUUCAAUCUUUCCAAGAAAAGAUUCAGGUUGUAAUUUUGCACUUCUAGUU